UCGCGGGAAACGCGUCCUGCUCCACGGAGCUCCGCGAGGUUCGCCCGUAAUUCGUUAUUAUCACAACAAUUGAGACGGGCGAGAGAACGGAAAUUAGGAUCGCACGGUGGUUUCUGCGGUGUAGAAGCUGAUAACCGUUCCCCGGAUGAGAUAGGCUCGAUCAUUCGUAAAAGAGAGAGUAACCCUCGACGCUCUAAGACGGUCGCUGAUGCCAGCGGUAGUGAGAAUUGUUUUCAACGCCUGAGCCUCUACUGCUGGCGUUCCAUGACCCUCGUGAACAAUCAUCGUUAGAGUAGUCGAUGUACUUCCAUGAUUCGUAAUAUUCAGAUUGUAAGAGUAUGAAAAUGCUAUUCUGAUAAUAUAGUUAUGAAUACCAUUAGCCAAAUAGAGGCCAACAAGGCGUCCUCACCAGCUGGCGAGAAUAUCGAAGCAUUUAGCGAAGAUGUAUGUAACGGUCAAGAAGACUCGUACAAUAAUUACAAUAGCAAUCUGCCUAGCAGAAGUCGUUAUGGUAGAAUGAUAAAACCCAAGUCUUCCAUGAAUGAUGUUUCCAACUCUCUACAGAAUUUGAAGAGUCCAAAGACACGUAAACAACAGAACUUAAUGAACAAUAGUAGUGAAAGUAUCGAUGAAAUUAAUAUAGCUAAUGCUAUAGAUGAAACCAAUGAUUCUUCUACCAUAUCGAAUAGUACAGAGGAGAAUCCAUCUUCAAAAGUGUCAAGUCCCACUAUUGAAUGUCAGUGGGUAGUAGGACAGUUAGCAUGGGCCAGAGUUGGCAAUUUCCCAUUUUGGCCUUGCCUUGUAACACUUGAUCCAGUUUCAAUGAUCUAUUGCAAAUUGAAAGCUAGAGGCAGGUCAAAUAUCAUGAUGAUACACGUUCAAUACUUUGGAGAUAAAGGACGUCAUAGCUGGGUUUCGGCUAAUUGUAUGAUGCAAUUUACAAAUCUUGCUGAUUUCUUAAAAUUGGCAGACUCAUUAAUAACAGAAACAAAGAAAAAGGAUAGAUAUGCUGCUGCUUUUGUUGUGAAACAGGGAAUAAAAUCAAAAUGGGAAAACGCUGUUGAUGAAGCUAUGCAAGUGCAACCAAUGACAAAUGAAGAAAGAGCCGAAGCUUUUGCGCCAAAGAUUAAAGUUUCAAGGUCUAGAGACACGAAGUCAUCUACUAUCGAUGAAAAAAAUAAAAACAAUAAAAGAAAAUAUUCGACCGAUCAGGACGAGCCCGAUGUCAAACGUGUCAAACAGGAUAAUGUACAUAAUUCAGAAAAGCCGGAAAUGUCAAAAUUGCGUAAAUCGGAAGUAUCGAAAUCAAAAUAUUCGCGGACCGUAAACGGUAAAAUGGAUUUAAAACUGAAUUCGGACUCUUUACCCUCAUCUCCUUCAAGCCAUAAAAGUGACAAUACAACUACAAAAGUCGAUAAAAAUGAAGAAGAUGAAGAUGGUGUGUUUGAAAUCUAUUACGAACGAAAUAGAGAUUUGUUAGAGGAUGAAUAUCCAAAUGCGUCGGAGGACGAUAUUAAAAAAUAUUUGCGGAAAACUUGGGAUGGUAUGGAUACGGCUUUUCGAAAAAAAUAUCGUUCGUAUAUGACACGUGAUAGUUCGCGUUCGAAAGAAAGUACACCAGAUCAUGAAGAUUUUGAGACACCGAUUGAGAUUGACACAAGUACGAGGGAAAGUAAAAAGAGAAGUAAACUUGACAAAGAAGAAAGUUCUGUUUCAGAAACUAUAUAUAAACGUGGUAGACCAUAUAAUCUCUUUAAAGGUAUGAAACAAGAGAAAGUUUGUCAGAUUUGCGAGAAGACAGGAAAAUUAACGAGAUGUAAAGGACCUUGUUAUUCUUAUUUUCAUUUGUCCUGUGUGAAACCUGGUGAAUCUAGUCCAGAGCACUCUGUUGACGAGAAUACAUCGGAUGAUAGAAUACUUGAUGAUUUAAAUAUAAUUAAGAAAAGUAUUAAUAGUGAACAUGAUAAUAAUGGUAAGAACGAGGAGCAAGAGGAUGAAAUGUUUAAAUGUAUUGAUUGCUUGUCUGGAGUAGCACCCGCUUGUUUUAUAUGCAAUGAGAGAGAAGGAGACAGAAUAAGGUGCAUUGUGGCAGCUUGCGGAAGGCAUUAUCAUUCCAAAUGUUUGAAGUCAUGGCCUCAGUCUCAUUGGCAAGGUGGACGUUUGACAUGUCCAUAUCAUGUGUGUCACACAUGCAGUUCUGAUAAUCCUCAGGACAAUCAUUCGCGUGCUCCGAACGAAAAAAUAGCAAGAUGCGUUCGUUGUCCUUCAUCUUACCACGCUUCCACAUUGUGUUUACCUGCUGGUUCAGUGAUUCUCACAGGCAGUCAAAUUGUUUGCCCGAAGCAUUAUAAAGCACGAAAUCCUCCACUGAAUGCAGCGUGGUGCUUUCUAUGUACGCGCGGCGGAAGUCUCAUUUGUUGCGAUACAUGUCCAACUUCCUUUCAUCUAGAAUGUCUUGGUAUAAAUGCGCCUGACGGUGGGUUUAUUUGUGAAGAUUGUGAGACAGGGAGACUGCCCUUAUAUGGAGAAGUUGUGUGGGUGAAGUUCGGUCAUUACCGGUGGUGGCCUGCUCGUAUAUGUUAUCCGCAGGAAAUUCCUGAAAAUGUAUGUGAGGGAAUGCCUCAUAGUCCCGGUAAAUUUUGCGUAAUGUUUUUGGGGUCUAAUGAUUAUUAUUGGGUGCAUAGAGGCCGAGCUUUUUUGUAUCAAGAUGGUGACGCAAAUAUAAAAACACCUAUGGGUAAAAAAACGUCUGCAAUGGAAGAUACAUAUCGAAUAGCUUUAGAAGAAGCCAAUAAAAUACAUCAGCAAUUAAAAACAGAGCGAUCCAUGACUAAAGAACCAAAAGGAUUGAAACCGCCUUCAUAUGUAAAAUUAAAAGUCAAUAAACCAGUUGGUAACGUCAAACCAGUCGAAGUCGAAGGCAUUGUAGCAUGUGAGUGCGACCCUAAUUGGGAUAAUCCUUGCGCACCGGGUACAGAUUGUUUGAAUCGUAUACUGUUGGUGGAAUGCAGUCCUGGAACUUGCCCAGCUGGAAAUAAAUGCAUGAACCAAUCGUUUGUACGGCGACAAUAUCCAGCAAUGGAACCAUUUCACACCGUGGGCCGCGGAUGGGGUUUGAAAACUUUGGAGGAUAUUAAAGCAGGACAAUUUGUCAUUGAAUACGUGGGAGAAGUUAUAGAUGAAGCCGAAUAUAAACGUAGAUUGCAUCGGAAGAAAGAACUAAAGAAUGAAAAUUUCUACUUUCUAACGAUCGACAAUAAUCGUACGAUCGAUGCGGAACCGAAGGGAAAUCUCAGUCGAUUUAUGAAUCAUUCGUGCGCGCCAAACUGCGAAACUCAAAAGUGGACGGUGAAUGGAGACACACGUAUCGGUUUGUUUGCUCUGUGCGACAUAGAGUCUGGUGAAGAGUUGACAUUCAAUUAUAAUUUAGCAUCCGAUGGGGAAACGCGGAAAGCAUGUCUUUGCGGUGCAUCGAAUUGCAGCGGCUUUAUCGGUUUGAAGGCGCAAAAACAACAGUUGCCAACGGUACAAUCGACAAUGGUGCAAUCCAAACCGGUUACACAAAUGAAGAAAAUGGAUAAGUCGAAACGAUACAAAAGAUCAAGGAAAUUUAUAUGUUGGCGAUGCGGACAAGAAAUAUCGGGUCUAAACAAUUCUAUAGUCUGCUCGCAAAAAACUUGUAACAAAAAAUAUCACACAACGUGCGUCGUAAUUGAUGAUGCGGAAUUGAAAUUCAGUUGCCCUUGGCAUCAUUGUUUAGAAUGCGGACGUCGAACAUCGGCGCAUUGUUCCUUUUGCAGCACUGCCUUUUGUCAAGCUCAUCUAGAUGGUAAUUUAUUCGAACGGGAGAAAGGUGGUGUCGUGUGUAAGUUACACGAAAAUGCAGAUGUGCAGAAACCUAUCGAGGACGAAAAAGAAUAUUCAGAUAAUGAUAAUGAGACAGAUAAAGAGUACUUAUCGAUGAGUUCUGAUAGUCCGAUCGUGAUGGAAAAAAUUACAACGCGUGAACCAUCACCAAGGGUUUCUAUUGUAGAGGUUCACCUAAGCAGUGAAGAAAGUGAAGAAUCUCAGAAGGAAGAGGAAGAGAGCAAUCUCGAGACUAAUUUUAUGUCGUAUGAUAAAAAUUCAAGGAUAAUGAAGAAGACAUUUUAUAAAUCGCAACGAGAAAAAAAUCAAGCGAAGGAGUUAAGUAAUCUUACAUCUAGUCAGUUGGAAGCUAUAAUUGGUGGUAGCUUGUGUGAAUAAGAAUCUUCUGUCAUUUAUAUAUCCCAUUAUUCAUAUAACAAAAAUUAAUACUCUC